AAAGACCGGUCAAACGUACGGUCAAAGACCUACUGUAGAUUGCGUGGAUGCCUUCACCGGCUAAACGUUACUUGUUAUACGAUUCUAGGACGGCAGAAGGCGCCACAUUGUAUGCAGAUAAAGUUACACGUUGAAGUUCCCGUUAAUCAUCACUUUUGCACGUUUGUAUCGAUUAUAGCGAUAAAUGUCAAUAAUGAUAAAAUAAGUAGAAGAAAUAUACUGAUUGCGGCUUGUGAUAAAAGCACUGUCAAGUGAUGUUACAUUCAUGAAAGUUGCAAAAAUCUUUGCUAGUGUAAAGAGUCAGUUGCACGUGUCCAAAAAAUAUCACACAAUGUUUCGACAAGUUUUCGUUGGUCCCUUGAUUCACACGGAUGAAAAUGAGAAAUUGAUUGCCAAAGAACGUAUCGCUGUGUUUGUCGAGGAUGGCAAGAUCGUCGACAUCACCGAGAACUUACCAAAGAAUCAUAUUUCCGAGUCUGAGUUGAAACAUGUUUUCAAGCAUUUUCAACCAAACGAUGUUACCAUUUUGAAUGAUGGAAGAUUUAUGAUACCUGGACUCAUCGAUUGCCACACUCAUGCGGUCCAGUUUCCGAAUCUCGGAGUGGGUUACGAUAAAUACCUUUUGGAUUGGCUGGAGAGCUAUACAUUCCCAUUGGAGACGAAAUAUGCCGAUGCGAAAUUUGCAGAACAAGCAUACGACUCGGUGGUGAAACGUACUAUCGGAAUUGGCACAACAACAGCAUGCUACUUUGCAUCUUUGUACGGUGAGACGACUACGAUUCUUGCGGAGAAAGCCGCGAAGCUGGGACAACGCGCUUUCGUUGGAAAAGUCAACAUGAACAUUCCACGUGACGAUGGUUAUUGGGAGAGCACUGAGAAAUCCAUUGAGGACACUAUGGCUUUUAUAGAAUCCGUCGAACGAAUAGGGAGUCCACUUGUAAAACCAAUUAUUACACCAAGAUUUGCACUGAGCUGCAACAUGGAGCUAAUGCAAAAGUUGGCAAAAAUUGCUAAAGCAAAAGAUUUGCAUAUACAGAGUCAUGUCUCUGAGAAUAAGGCCGAGAUAACAGCAACAAAAGAGUAUUUCCAAGAGUAUUUCCAACCCUCGUAUACAGCCAUUUACAAAGCUGCUGGUCUUCUCACGAACAAGACAAUAUUGGCACAUGGCGUCCACCUCGAAGAUAGCGAACUCGCUAUUCUUAAAGAACAUGGGACAGCUAUAAUUCACUGUCCAUCCUCAAAUAUAUAUCUAAAAAGUGGUCUUUGCGAUGUGCAGAGGCUGAGAGCUAACCAUGUCAAAGUCGGUCUUGGAACAGAUGUUUCAGGUGGAGCAAGCUAUAGCAUGCUGGAUGCGAUGAGAUCGGCCUUACUAGUAUCAAAUUGUCUAUCCAUGAUGAAGGAUGAUUAUACACCACUCAGCUACGAGGAUGUCUUCCAUAUGGCGACGUUAGGAAGUGCCAAAGCACUCUCAAUUGACGAUAAAGUCGGCAACCUGGUGCCAGGCAAAGAAUUUGAUGCCCUCGUCGUAGAUUUGAACGCGUCAGGCACGUUUGUGGACAAUUCCAAAGAGUACAAGGGUAUUCAGGGAACGCUUCAGGAAAAACUUCAAAGAUUUAUAUAUUCUGGCGAUGACCGUAAUAUAAUAUCAGUAUAUGUACAAGGUAGGAAUGUUAAAUGUUAAUGAAUGAUAAAUUGUUUAAUAAGUUAAAUAAAAGAAUUCCUAAUUUUGUGCAAUAGCAAAUAAAUUACAAUCUAUAGAUAACA